CUUGGCUGUGCGGCGGUGCCGCGGUUUGCACAACGCCCGCCUCAGCUACAGACAGCGACAUCGGCUGGAGCUGAGAGCAUGGCCGCCAGACGCAUAAAGAAUCGCGAGACUUGCUAGAAGCCGCGAGUGCCUGCUGCUCUACGCCAUGAACCGGCAUGAUGGCGACCGGGGAAGGGACUACUACCAGGCACGUCACCGGUAUGGAGCCGGUGGUGGUGCGUUGGAAUUAGAAACCAGUUUUCGCGGACCACCGCCAAAUCGUGGAGGAAGAUUCGGAGGCCAGGCGGACUGGCGACCCGACAGCCACUCAAACAGGUUCGAUUACUACGAUCCUGUACGGCAAUACGGUACCAGCCGAGGAGGCAGACACCCGAUCGGCCACCCUGCCGAUGUUCGCCAACGUCAGCAGUACGGUUACGGCGGGACUGGCGGCUACCACAACCAGCGAUACGAGGACGGCCCGCCCAGCGAUGGUUACGCGGGCAGAGCACGAGGUCGUGUGCUGCGCGACCGCGGCCGGUCUUCUCGAGACGUUGCAUAUCCGAGAAGAGGAAGCGGCGGCGGGUGGAGCAGUUGGUUAGACACUCCAGGUCACCGUCGUGAGGGCGAUGCGCCGUUGACCGCCGGCGAAAGCUUGCUGCACUUCAAGCGAGCUGUGCGUCGUAUGAACAACGAUUACGACCGGUCAGUGCUCUCCGAAAGCUGUGCGCUCAGCGUUUCCGAGGCCGGCGACGCGAGGAGUCAUUACACCGACGAUGGCUACGCGACGCACCGACGCGAUGGCUUCUACGCCCGGCAGCGCGACGGCACAGGAAAUGCUGCUUCCUCGGCGUCUCGCGAGCGCGAGGACUUCGUCGACCGAACGGAAGCCGUCAACCGUAGAGUUCCCUUACCGAGGGACGUCAUCACCGAGCCGCGCCGGCCCGUCGCGGCCGGUGCUUCGUCAUUGACCAGCAUGAUCAGCGUCUUCUGGGACAUCGAGAACUGUGCGGUUCCAAGCGGAGUACCGGCGUACGAGAUCGUGCUCAAGGUGCGCCAAAGGUUUUACACGGGCUACCGCGAGGCGGACUUCGUCGUCGCCUGCGAUACCGCGCGCAUGAGCCCCGCCGUGAUCGCCGAGCUAAACGAGGCGCUGGUGACGGUGAUACAUGUGCCGGGCGAUCAGAAGAACGCGGCCGACGAGAAGCUUCGCACUGUGCUGCGCCGCUUCUCAGACGCGCACAAGUUGACGGGCUCGCGCAUCGUGCUCAUCUCGGGCGACGUGGACUUCGCGGCCGAAAUACACGAGAUGCGGUACAAGGACCUCAUCGAUGUCGUGCUCAUUCACAACGAACAGGCCAAGCGAGCGCUGAGGGACGCGGCGAACGAGAGUAUCAGUUACAGCGCAUUCCUGGCGGACCUCAAGAGGAGCAGUGCAUCUAAGACAACCAAAACGUUUUCAUCCGGCCCUCGAAACCAAGGAAAAGACAAGGAAAAUAAGCAAGAUUUAAACAAGACUGUUCGUGCAGUCAGCGCCCGUGUCCAAGAAAAUGAAACGAGUGAGAAAGCGAUCAAGAUGGAGAAUCAAGCCGCGGAGACAGGCGCGCUGCCUUCCUACCGCACCAAAGUGGGUAUACUGGUCCCCAGGGAGCCCACGAACGCGGUAUAUUGGAAACAGUACUUGUCGCGCCUUAACAUACCACAGGACUUUACAAUUGAAGUUGGCUGCGGCGGCAAAGACACUGUGUACCUCGUUUAUCCAAGCGUCACCAAAGCAAGGAAAGCCAUUGAAACUCUCAACGAUCCGCGAGUAGAUGACGAGGACGGGCCGGCCUGCUUAGGAAUAAUUUCUAAAGACACCACUGAAGACAUUGAAAAAGUAACACCAGAAGAGCCGAGUCGGGCUGCCAAGGUUAAAUCUGCAGUAAAUACUCACAAAGCGAAGCUUGAAGCUGUCAGACAAAAACUUCGUAGCCUCCAGGGAGGCGAGAAAACUGCGCCAAUGUUAAAGGCGGCGUAUGAAUAUCAGGCCACCAUUUACGAGGCUCAGUUGAGACAUUUCUUAAAGAUCAUUUCUGAUUUACCGCAGUCGCCGCAACAAGCUGACAACGCCACAGCCACUGAAAUCGCCAGGCUCAAAAGGGGCUCCAUCGUUUACAGCGUAAAGUCAACAAUUCUUGAGGCUUUGUCCGGGCAUCAAGUGGUGUUCCUUAUGUCAUCGCCAGGAUCCAAAACGGCACUCGAAGUGGCGUCGUAUGCGCAAGAUUUGAACUUGCGUGUCCUUAGUGUACAAGCCAGCGAUCUCGCAGCCGAGCAGUGCUCGAAGAACGCAGCGUCUGUGAGUGGAUUGGGACCCGUGCAGUGCUGGCUGAGCGCCACACAGCAGAUCAACUCUGAAAACGCAGUUGUUUUCACUAGCGCGCGACACUUCUUCCAAGAGUUUCUGCGUCGUGAAAUGGAACUCUCCGACUUCCAGGCCAUCAUCGUCGAUGAGCUGCAAGAAGACACCGCUUACCAGCGGACAGCGCUAACAAUAAUCCGCAAGUAUUUUGUAUCAAAAGUAGGCGUAAUCUUGUGCGGCAAUGAAUCCGAUGCCUGCGUACGGAUCCGAGAGGCGUUUUCUUUAGAAACCCAGGACAUUGUCCGGUGCGUCCUCACGUUUCCAGUAGAGGUCAUCUGGAAGGGCAAGCCAACCAGUAGAGUGAUGGCAUGUGUCUCUACUGCUCUCGAAUUCUGCCAGACGGCAGAUGCGUCUGCCGGCGGAGACGUUCUUGUGUUUCUUCCAUCCCUCGCAGACGCUCUCCUGGCGGAUGGCCUUUUGAAUAGCAGAAUUCGGGAGGAAAAUUUUGACGUAGCUGUCACGCAUGAAGUUUUGUCCUCCAGCUGGACAAACUUUCCUCUCAAGAAUGACUCUCCGCGGAAAGGAUGCUGGAGGGUGAUCUUCGCCGUAGAAUGUCCCGACGCAGUCGUGAGUACGCUGCGUGUGCGUUGCGUUAUUGACAGUGGCCUAACGCUGAGAACCGUUUACCGGACUGGAAUUUUCGUCAUGCAACUCGCUUACGUGACCGAAACUGAGGCCGAAGAAAGGAGAACUUUGGCAGGAAUACACGAGGGCGGUACUUGCUACCGCCUCUACAGUAGAGAUGCCUUAGUCCCUUCGUCGCCAGCUGACUUAAACGGCUCAAAGUAUUUGGAGGACAUUGUUCUUCGUCUCUCUACCCAGAAGACGAACUCCGACACUCUCUUUCUCGAUGACCUCCCUAAGACGCUGCUGGAUGAAGUGAAGACUGCACUUCAACAGAUCGGGGCGUUAGACAGUGAAGGACAAGCGACUGACCUGGGUACUAGGCUAUGUCAGACGAGUCUACAGCCUCGGCUUGGCAUGCUUGUGCUGUGCUCAAUGGGCAAGGCACCAUCCCUGGACUCGAUCCUACUUUCACUCCUUGUCUUCGAAGACUUGCUUGUUGCUUACAGGCCACUGAAAGAAGACGGAAAUCAGCGCGACUUCCCGGUGUCAGACGGAGCCAGCGUCUUCUCAGGGGUGAUUCAGCUAUACAAGAACUGGCUCGUUGUACCCAAGAAAAUGAAAAGCUCUUGGUGCGAUGUGAAUAACGUGAACGAAGCCUUCAUAAACAGCCUUCACAGUGCUGUUCGAAAUAUCCAGCAGGAGUUCACCGAGUUCAAAGGCAGAAAUCUGGGUGCCGAAUCAGUGAAGGAGGAGAAAAACGCUACAAUCACGUUAGGUGAACUGCUCGCACAGUCGUUCCCCCAAGGUUUGCUCCAGGCGUGCGAACUGGGUUACAAGCACCAGACUUUGGGCGAUCACUUGCAGGUAUCGCCAUUGUCGCUAUUUGAUACCGAGGCGAUGCAGCCGAAGAACGUUGUCUGCUGUUUAUUCGCUCAACAUGGCGAAAAGACGGUGAAGCUACUGAACUUUUCCGCUUUGCCUGAUUCCUUUUGUAAGCGUGAACCGGCCUGUCAAGUUCCCCGUGCUGAAGAAACGCAUCCGGAACUUGUAGAACGGUUUGGUCCUGUGGGAAAGCUGAUUUGGAACUAUCAGUUCAACUCUACACGAGCACUGCAGGCCAUUGAGGAGAAGCUGCGAAUGGCGACAGAUGACACUAAGGGUCACCUCGAACUGGACUCAGCGAGACAGUGUGUCAUGAUAAGAGGGCAAGACAAGUACUGCGUUGAAGCUCUGCAGUGCCUUCGGAGCAUCGUCAGCGAGCAGGUAAUAAAACUGUCCAUAAAGGACCGGGAAGCCUUUCUCACGCCGCAUAAAUCUCCCUACGAGGAGCGUCCCGUGCUCGCCGUUCUCGGCAUCGGAGGUCAGGUGAACGAAGUACUCUCACCGGCAGCCUUCCGGACUAUAGUAGCGUACGAUGUGAGGAUGCCCCACUCUGAGUUUCGCAAAAGGGUGAAUGAACUGGGAGAGAUAGUCCAGUAUUGGUUCAUGAAAGAGGAUGCCACCUUUGAGAUCACCUAUAAAACGGCGCGAGAAGCUGACAAUGCCUACCGAGCCCUGUCUGAACAGAGCGGCCACCUAAGAGUAUCUGUUAAAGGAGAGUCUCUUGAGUACCGCGAAGAGCAAAGGGAGCGGAGACCGGCGUUCCACGCCCAAAUCUCCCUACCGCGCCGUCUGUGCUCGGGGAUCGCGUUCGUCCAGUUGUCGGACCAGGCAUCGGUGGAACGCGUGGCGGCCCAGCUCCCCCUUAGAGUCCGCUUGGACAAUAACACAGUGACUAUUCAUCGCGACAAGAAGGUAUCCUGCCAACUGUACAUCACGGGCUUGCCUCCGAUGGCGAGCCAGUCGGCGCUGGAAGGUCUUAUCCGUUCGUCACUGUCAGUAGACGUCAAGAAGGUAAUCCUCGUCCGUGAAGCUCCACGCAAAACGCCUACCGAGAAGCUGCGAGCAUUGGGGGACGCUGUACAGAAACUAUUUGACGAAGAGCUCGGCGAACGCAGUCCUAAACUGGUUCUCAACACUCCCAGGAUGGAAGAUUAUAUUGAGAAGGGCUGGCUCUCUUUCGAGGAUUCCACCGCGGCUCAGGGCGCCUGCACGCUGCUCAAGGGCUCGCCAGUUCCCGUCGACCAGGACCGCAAGGACGCUGUUGCCACGUUGCCGAUGGCUAUACAUAUUCUCAUGGAGGAAACGCUGUACUUCCCACGCUCCUUCUUCGAAGCGAUUCAGGACCGAAUCGAGGAGGAGCUUCGUCGGCAAGAAGGACUUCGUCCGGAGGAUAACAUCAAAUGCGACGCGACGCCCUGCGAAAAUGCGGUUCGAGUCAAGCUCAAGGCUAACAACCUGAAUGAUUUUCACAAGGCUGUGCACCUUUUCAACCGACUGAUCCUGAGCCCCGACGUCCCGCGUGUCGACUCCCGCGUGCGCCCCGAAAGAGUCGCAGAAGUGUUGAAGGCCGCGGCGCCUGACGGUGGCAUCUACGUCUACCGCAAGCCCGGCGAAGCCCGCUUGGUUGGCAACACGCAGCUCGUCGCGGCAGCCAGCGAGAUGCUGAAGAAGCACACCAAUUCAUGGGAGAAGCGGCAGAGGAAGAAAUUGGCACUGGUCGGAGAAGGGUUUACUGUGCUGAGGUCCUUCAUCACCACUCUUGGCGAUGACCCUUGGUAUCUGGCCAGAGAAUGCAAGCUGGAUGCCGCCACCUUCGAUGGACAAUUCGAAACGGUCGAGAUUCUCGGAACAGAUGCAGCCAUCAGAGCAGCCGAACAACUCGUGAGUCAGCUGCCGAAGAGCAGAGUGGACGAAAAAUCGACGAGCGAUGCCGGAGAGCGCUGCCCUAUCUGCCGACAGCCACCAGGAGGCGCUCCGAAGGACCGGAUCUCGGGGCAUGGGCACAGACUCGAGUUUUGCGGCCAUUGGCACUGUGAACCGUGCCUGCUGCUGGUCUUCAAGAGAGCUCCCCUGCCGUUGGCGUGUUUCGAGAAGGACUGCGCCUCACCGUGGGCGAUAGCCGACAUCGCCCACGUGACGCGCAACGACCAGGAUUUGCUGAGCGACCUUGCACGGAGGUCCUUCGAGUGCAGCGUCGCAGCAGACUUGGACGGAAAAUGGCUGCCUUGUCCGACACCCGAGUGCCACUUUGCACUGGAUUCCAAGAGGAACGCCGAGGAACAGGGCGUGCACGUCCUGGGCAACGUGCACGUCUGCCCUGGAUGCACCAACGCCGUCUGCUUCCGGUGCCGUUCCCUGUACCAUUACGGAAUGUCAUGCGCCACCUUCAAAGACUCAAUUUCUCCGAAUGGCGCCAAUGACAAGUCAUGGCUAAACGAAGACCCCGGAAAGCGGGCCCUAUGCCCGUCAUGCAAGGUGCGCCUGGAGCGCAACACCAGCAACAAGGUGGGCGCUUGCUGGUCCUGCCGACGACUAUUUUGCUGGCGCUGCCACCGCAACUUCGAGGACGAUGCAGCUGCCGCUAGGGGUCACCUCACACAGUAUUGUCAGGUGGCUCCGCCGCACGGUGGCGAUGCCUGUUGCGUCAUGUGACAUCUCCCUGCCUCUUGUGGUCGUGGUUCUGAUCAUUACGAAGCUCAAAACAAUCCUCAGUCCAGCGCAUUUAAUUGGGGCUGUUGGUUCUGCCGCGACAAAAAAAAAAAAAAAAACUGCCUUUAGCAAUGUAACGAUGUCAACGGCUGUGCCGGGAGUAGGCACGACUUAAACUGGCCUUAUGUUCGGCCGGAUAUUCACGCAAAAAUCAAGAUUGUGUUUCUUAUCGAGCUGGAGUGAUAAAACUGUCUCCCCUUAAUAAAAAAAGGUGCUCGAAAGUACAUUGAACUUCGUACGAGAGAAACGAAGGAACCAGUUAUCUCUGUUUAGGAGAUACGUGAGAUUAAUAUAAAGAGCACCCCGUCAAAGUAGGAACUUGCACCAUGGCACAAGAAAACGAGUUACCUAGCAACGCUUUCAGGAAAUUUACCAGAAAAGGGCUUUCUCCAAAUGUUCCGGCUCAAAAUCUGAAAGAAAGAAGCCUGUUUGCUCGUGUAUCGUUUUUUUUUUCUUGUUUUAGACUCAAAUAUUCCGACUCACUGUCGGCUAGAGCAGCAAACAUACUACAUGAUCUAUCAAGAAUGGGUAAUCACAACAGCCCAAGACGCUUAUCGAAACGGAAAAUAUAAAGCUAGGUAUUUAUUUAUUUUACCCUCACGGUUUGCACAUUACAGAGGGGACAAGCGGUAUAUAGUGCGCACCCAGCUUUGUUUUAAAUUCGCAAUAAUGAACACUAGUAGUGAACUUGUUUUGCCAUUGUUAUCUACAAAUUAGGUUAUGGAAACGAUUGUUUAUGUUGUGCCAGGUAGGUGCAGAAACAUUUUCGAUGCGAUCAAAAUUCACUUCAGCGUCGAAAACACUAAAGUCAAACACCACUGACAGAAAUUCAUUAGCAUAGCUGUUGGUUCCUGGGGCAUGGUCGAUUGCGGGUUUGAUAGGCUGCGUACGGUCGCGUAUGGUUGGCUGUGGAGAGUUCAAAGAAGUAAUGUAUAUAGUGUUUAGUCAUUUCGACCAGAGCUUACCAACAUUGAUUGCUUUGUAGACGGGAGAUUGCUGCAAAUAAUGCAGUUGCGUACGCGAGAAUAGCAAUGACGUCGUGGUGCGAAGAUAUAUAUUUUCUUUUUGCGAAAUGGGAGAAUGAGGUGUUGAAUAGGCAGAUGCAUGACCGUAUUCUUUAGUACGGACGACGAUGGGGCGUGGUAUGAAGCAAUUUUGUUCCGUUUAUCAAACUGCCGUGCUAGAGUGAGAAUGUUCUUAAUGUCAGAUAAAGAAGAGAGGUGCCUUGUCUCUACACCUUCGCCUUCCCGUAUAUACGUAGCAGAAAGGGAGGAGGGGAAGGAGAAAGCGAGUGCAAUUGACGAUGACAGUGUAUAGUGAACUAUCUGCAUGUGCGAUAUGUUCAAUUUGCAUGUUCGUUCAUGUUCUGCCCACAGCACAUCGCAAUGCGCAGGCACCUCUGAUGAAGUGCUUGUUCCUUCAAGAAGGUAGUUAUCUUUCGAUAACCUUAACAGGGAAGAGGAAACGGAGUACAUUUAUCAAUAAAUGUCAGAAGAGAACUGCAUUACAAAAAUGAGGCUGGCGCCAGAAGUCUGACAAUCAUGCAGAGCAAUGACAGCGCUUCAUUGAUAAUUAACGACUCAAUAUCAUAAACGGCUGCUAAAUGGGUACGAUAUAAAAAUACAGCACCGUUAACGCCCUUUGCAUUUGCUAGGUGCAUAAUCAGGGGCACGUGAUUAAGACAUCAAUCAGCCUUAAAGUCGUGUAUAAGUCAACAGAUCCCAAUCAGGGAGUGGAGUAACAAUCCGAUACGAGCGAAUUCUGCAGCCGCAUUUUAUUCCACUUAACUAAUCUUGCACACGGAGCUGAUAGUGUGCAAGCCAGAAUUAUUUUGUGGAUAAGAGUUAGGCAUCAACGGCUGCAAGUUACAGACACUGCGUGAAAGAGCCUUCAGAUCGCUAAGCGCGGGUGCAUAGUUCAGAUGUAUGAGUUAGUCGCGUACCUUUGCAUCAACUUCAAGGUUUCUUUUUCCACAACAAAUUUACUGCGAGUUCCUGGUUCUGCACUCACCAAGAGCCGAGAAGUUCCCCGAUAACUGCUGCAGCAUACAAAGUUAUUCGAAUUAGGGCGCAAAUUUUUAUGUAGGUGGGGCAUAUAGCACUACGUCCAAGCGUUAUUUCCUCUCGAGUUACGAGCGCCAGUCGUUUAGAAAAAAAGUGGAAACACCAAGUAGUCGCAAACCGCUGAAUGACAGCUGAUAAAUUUGAUGCCUCAUUUUUUCUUCAUGCGCUCAUAUCCGAAUGUUGUAGUUUACACAAAUUCGUGCGGUCUUUCUGAGCCAUCGUCGAAAUAAGGCAGCGGGCAACCUUCAGUUCAUCUGAGAGCGGCACUUUAUGGAAUACUAAACAGUAAAACUAAAUCAAUUGGGAGGAAGUAUCGUUUUGAAACUCUACCCAUAAACAUCUGUAAUUCAAUGAAGACCUUGCCCUGUCCAACUCCUUUCAAACUCUAUUUGCAUUCACUUUUUUAAAGGCAAAGUUUCCUUUUAAUUUUGGGGACCAACCGCAGCACCGGUAAAACAGGGUACAGUCACAGAUUUCAAAAUAACUUCAACUGCUUAGGCACCUUCUUCUACAUAAGCAAAUAAAAACUAGUUAGCUUACUAAGUAUUUGCUUCAAAUUAAAUGUAUUCCUUGUUUAUUGACAAAAUCACUAGGCCUAAGCACGCAAACGUCUGUUGAGAUAUGACAUCACAAGGGGUUGAAGAGGGACUGGUUCUUUAAGGCCAAGUUGGCGUUUAAGGUCAAGUUUCUGUGCAGGUUAUAAGUUAUCAAUGCUCUUCUUAUGUAGAAAUGAACCUAUUUAAUUUCUAUUAUGCAGCAGUGACAUGCCAGUUCAUCUUGACUUCAUAUUGUUGUUUAGUGUCAUGCUAACCUAGUCAAACGCCUGGCAGGCUACUCCAUGCGGCUGGGGCUAAAUGUGAAGGAGGAAUAUUGAUAAAGAGGGAGAAUAAUGAGGAAAGAUGACAAAGUAUUCAGAAAUUUUACAAACAGAAACACAAGAAACGCUCACAAAUAAAGAUUGCUAACGCGCUGAACUCUACGGGACCUCGUCUAGGCCUGUACUAUGCAAACUAGCCAAAACAGCCGCUGUGCAGCCUAGGUAGGUUGUUUCUAGUGCCCUGUCAACACCUCUCAGCGCCACAGCCUCGAACUACCAAUAACUGUUUGAAUGGCCAGUUUCUUCGCAAACGGAAGCGUAAAGAGAGUGAGUCCGCACUUCUAGUAGACAUUUUUGAUUAAGAUGCACUAAGUUUACUUUUCUCGGGAAAAAAUUUUCUCACAUGACUGCGAUCCUAUGUAUUGUGAUUUGGCUGUAAACGUGGGGGAUAAAAGUACAGAAGGCUACAUUAAUUUAGUGAGAGCACGAUCUACCUCCAGAAAGUUUUCUCUCUGUCUGUAUUAUCGCCUCCAAGGUCGCUCGUAUAAACUGAAAUCACACACAUACACACGCACACGCACGCACACAAAGAAAACGAACUAAACAAUGCUUGAAAUUUGGUGGGUUUUUUGAACAACCUCUCGAGCGUGCAAGUUACGCGGAUAAGCAUAGACUUGUGGCAGUUUCUUGCUGCUCGACGGCACUAGAAUUGUUUCAUUGAAUAGACGGUAAUGUACAUAACUGAUUGUAUCAUAGUGCUAGAGUGCAUAAAUAUAGCCUGUCAGAAGACAGUUUUUCAAAGAGACGUAAUAUUUUGUAAAACUUGUAUCUUGACGGACAUACUGUCCCCUCAUACACGAUAACAAAUGCGGGCAUCGCAUAAAAGACGAAUUGUUUACUAACAUUAUUAAAACGUGAAAAGAGCACUCGUAUUCGAUCGCGGCCGGCUUGGGGCUUCAGUUUCCUUUUUUUUUUCACUUCUUGCUCAAGAAAGAUUGUUUGUUUCUUUGGAACCAGACCUUCCCCUGAAACACUUUGAUAAGCAUGUACGCAAGUUUUUUGCCAAUGGGCUUGCGAUAUUUCCAAUAUCCCACCAGUGGAUUUUAACAAACUUCCGAAUUCAAAAAUACUCUCGCGGGCUGUUGAUCUCUCGGCAACGUUUUCCAGGGUGGAUGUUGGAUAUUUUUUGUGUGUGAAAACCUAGUUACAAUUCAGGCAACUCUUAAUAAACAGUUGCUUUGAUUCUUGUGUGCGUGCUGCUUUGCGUAUUUCCCACCUUAAUUUAGGCAUUAAACGCAUAUUCGAAAAGGGUGAGAAUCAUUGUUGAAAGAGGUGCUCGCAGUGUAUCUACUCUAUGGCAGCUUGGAUAUUAUUAGCACCAUAUUGCGGUUUGCAUUGCGUUCCACACUUCAAUCGCGAGUGAACAUUAACUUGCACAACACCGAAUUGUAUAUUAUCAUCUCUCUGUCAAGCAUGAUGUAGCCUCUGCUCUAUUAGUCAUAGCAUAGGUGACGUGUUUGUUCAAGAACAAAUGCUAUGUUUGAAAUAUGUUCAGUAUUUCAAUAAUAUGUUCUGAACAGGUACUGAUUGCUGAUGGUUCACUUUGAGGGAUGGCUCUAAAAUUAUUCGCAGCGUGUCUGCGGCAUACAGCCUUGUUUUCAAGUUUUGCUUUGUGUUUCCUGUUCACUUUGAUUACAUGGUGUUGAGUACAUUGAAUACUUUGUUGUUGAGUGCAUUGAAUGCUUUGAGUACAUGUUCCUAAGUAUUUCUAAACUUGCCAGAAAAGUAUAAGUGUGAUAUCUAUGAAACAAACGUGUUCACGUUGCGAUAUCGCCAUUAUUUUUUGUACCGGCGCUCAAAUAAAGCCCUUCUUCAAUCACA